AUGAUAAUAAAAAAGACGAUGAAAGUUGAGGUGCCAAGUCUCAGGCGGUGUAAGUUGGAAGAAGGUUUCAGCGAUCAUGACGAUGGCAACGAAGAAGAGGAUGAAUACGCAUAUUCCUUCAUCCCCAAGAUGCGGAAGAUCGACGGGUACGGUUCCAACGGGAGGAUGAGCGUCUACGGUGAUGUUGAUGACUUCGGCAGUUGUGCUGCAGGCUCCGGGUCGCAUGUAGCUACUGAAAUAUUCUCCAAUUUGAGGUCAUUGAAGAAUCAGAAGCUCAAAAGGUCUCGGUCUCGGUCUCCGCCAUUCACAUCCUCCCGAGGAAGAAUCCACACGCUUCCUUCGAGGUUCAAUGACUCCGUCGUUGAUUUGUUGAAGAGUCGGGGCUCUAGAUUCUACGACUCUGAUUCCAGCUUUGAGAAUGAUGUUUCCGUUGACGUGGCUACGCAUAGCUUUCUUGGGGAUAGAUGUAGGAUGAGAUAUGUAAAAUUUGAGAACGAUCAUUCUUCCGGAUUCACGGAACGGAAUAGUGGAAUUAGUGCUGUACGGUUUAGCAAUCGCAAGUUUUCCAAGUAUGAGCGGCAACAUUUGAGUUUAAAUCGUUCCACGCUGGAGACUGUGGACUCUGAUCCGAGUUUGGAACGCAAGGGUUCCCUGGAGUUGACGAAAGGAACAUCUAAUCUUAGGAAGGACGUUUACAGGCCAGAGGACUUCGCUCUUGGAGAUAUAGUUUGGGCCAGGUGCGGGAAGAGAUACCCUUGGUGGCCAGCUGUGGUAAUCGAUCCUAUAUUGCUAGCUCCUAAAGCUGUUCUUAGCUGUUACGUCCCUGGCGCUUUAUGUGUUAUGUUUUAUGGGUACUCCAAAAAUGGAACGCAAAGGGAUUAUGCAUGGCUUAAACAAGGGAUGAUCUUCCCCUUUGCAGAAUUUACCCACAGAUUUCAGGGGCAGACUCAAAUGUUCAAGUGCAAGAUGAGUGACUUUCAGAUGGCAUUAGAGGAGGCGAUCUUAGCUGAAACUGGUUUCCUGGAUGCAGACAGUACAUCAAAAGCACCUUUCACAGAAGCUCACCUGAUAGAAUUCCAGCAUGCCAGUACUUUCAGUCGAGAUCAAUAUCGUUCCUACCAGGGUGCGUGUUACAAGGAGAUGAAAUGCUGUGGUGGCUGCAGUCUGAUGCUGCCCUGCAAAGUUGUGAAGAGCCGGAAGGACUCAGUGUAUAUGACCGAGCUACUGUGUAAACAUUGUGCCAAGUUAAGGAAGUCCAACCAGUAUUGUGGGAUAUGCAAGAAGAUCUGGCACCAUUUAGAUGGCGGAAACUGGGUCUGUUGUGAUGGCUGUAAUGUUUGGAUCCAUGCCGAGUGCGAUAACAUUUCGAAAAAGCUUUUCAAGGACCUGGAAAACAAUCAAUAUUAUUGCCCUGAUUGCAAAGUGAAGUUCAAAGUUCCGCCACUGGAUUCCAAUAGGAGGAUGCUUCCUGUCAAGUCUAUUCUAAGCACUGAAGAAGCAAUGACACCUGAGAAAGUGAUUGUUGUGUGCAACGGGAUGGAGGGUACAUAUCUCCGGAAACUUCAUUCAAUUCUUUGCAGCUGCGGGUCUUGUGGAUCUCGGAAGCAAACUCCCAGUGAAUGGGAAAAGCACACGGGAUGCAGAGCUAAGAAAUGGAAGUGUAGUGUCAAAGUGAAGGAUACAAUGUUGCCACUGGAAAAAUGGAUUGAUGAGUAUAGUGCACAUGACUCGGAUCCUCUGGAAUUAGAUAAACAGAAGCUAUUAACUCUUUUGCAAGAAAAAUACGUGCCUGUUUAUGCAAAGUGGACAUCAGAAAGAUGUGCUGUUUGUAGAUGGGUUGAAGAUUGGGAAGAUAACAAGAUAAUAAUAUGCAACAGAUGUCAAAUUGCUGUCCACCAAGAGUGCUAUGGAGCAAGGAAUAUUCAGGAUUUCACAACUUGGGUGUGUAGAGCAUGUGAAACGCCCGAUGUGGAAAGGCAAUGUUGUCUCUGUCCAGUAAAAGGGGGUGCUUUAAAGCCAACUGAUGUUAAUAAUCUCUGGGUGCAUAUCACAUGUGCUUGGUUUCGACCUCAAGUUGGUUUCUUGAAUCACGAGAAUAUGGAACCGGCCACUGGACUUUUCAGGAUCCCUUCAGCUACCUUUCUGAAAAGCUGUGUUAUCUGCAAUCAGACUCAUGGUUCCUGUACCCAGUGUUGCAAGUGUUCCACCCACUUCCACGCGAUGUGUGCGUACAGAGCAGGAUAUAUUAUGGAGGUGCACUGUCUGGUGAAGAAUGGGAAAGAAGAAACCAAGAAGUUAAUAUACUGUGCUGUUCACAGGACCCCAAACCCCGAUUCUGUUGUAGCUGUUCGUACUCCUGCAGGGAUUUUUGCUGCCAAAAGCUUGCUUCAACAAAAUCAGAACGAGUUCUUCCAGGGCUCAAGACUCGUGUCACCUAGGAGAACUGACGUUGCAACCUUCAGGACUGAUGAAUUUGAGCCUCUUUCCUCUGCGAAGUGUCGUGUUUUAAAAAAAUCAAAUGAUAAGAGGUCUGCAGCAGCGCCAAUGUUCCAACGUCCAAUGGGGCCACGACAUCAUUCUUUAGAUGCAAUAAGCAGCUUCAGGACCCCUAUGGACAAGGAUAAUUCUAGGAUAUUUGAGUCAUUUAAAGAAAGACUUUGUCAUUUACAGAAAACUGAAAAGUAUCGGAUUUGUUUCGGCAAAUCUGGCAUACAUGGCUGGGGCCUCUUUGCUCGGAUAAAUAUUCGUGAGGGUGAAAUGGUUGUUGAAUAUCGGGGUGAGCUGGUUAGGCAGAUUGUUGCUGACCUCCGAGAGGCUAGGUACCAGUCACAAGGAAAAGAUUGCUAUCUGUUCAAGAUCAGCGAGGACAUGGUGAUCGAUGCCACAAAUAAAGGAAACAUAGCACGCCUAAUCAACCAUUCGUGUAUGCCGAACUGCUUCGCAAGGAUAAUGACAGUUGGUGCUGCAGACAACCGUGUAGUGCUUAUUGCCAAAAGAGACGUUCCGGCUGGGGAAGAGCUAACGUACGACUACUUGUUUGAAACUGAUGAGUCGGAAGAGCAGAGAGUCCCUUGCCUGUGUGGAACUCCAGAAUGCAAGAAGUUUAUGAACUGA